AUGGAGGCCAUCUGGCUAUACCAGUUCCGGCUCAUUGUCAUCGGGGAUUCCACGGUGGGCAAGUCCUGUCUGAUCCGCCGCUUCACCGAGGGCCGCUUUGCCCAGGUUUCGGACCCCACCGUGGGGGUGGAUUUUUUCUCCCGUCUGGUGGAGAUCGAGCCAGGAAAACGCAUCAAGCUCCAGAUCUGGGAUACCGCGGGUCAAGAGAGGUUCAGAUCCAUCACUCGCGCCUACUACAGGAACUCUGUAGGUGGUCUUCUCUUAUUUGACAUUACCAACCGCAGGUCCUUCCAGAAUGUGCAUGAGUGGUUAGAAGAGACCAAAGUACACGUUCAGCCCUACCAAAUCGUAUUUGUCCUGGUAGGUCACAAGUGUGACCUGGAUACACAGAGGCAAGUGACUCGCCACGAGGCAGAGAAACUGGCUGCUGCAUACGGCAUGAAGUACAUUGAGACGUCAGCCCGAGACGCCAUUAACGUGGAGAAGGCCUUCACAGACCUGACAAGAGACAUAUAUGAGCUGGUUAAACGGGGGGAUAUUACAAUCCAGGAGGGAUGGGAAGGGGUGAAGAGUGGAUUUGUACCAAACGUGGUUCACUCUUCAGAAGAGGUUGUCAAAUCAGAGCGGAGAUGCCUGUGCUAGUCAGCUGUC